AUGGCAUUGUACGGUGCAGAACAGUCCCGCGUCAUCCAAGAACGCGAGAACUUCAUCGAUGCUCUCGCAAAAAGAGGAAACGACGUCAGGCGCCUGGUCAACCGCCACCAUCCAGACGGCCUGCGAUGCCAGUUCUUCAAUCAUCCCAAGGCCGAGUGCCAUUAUGCUCGCGGGAGCUUCAAUGUCUGCUUCUUCGUGCAAUUCUGCUCUGGAGAAAGAUGGGUUGUUCGGAUACCACUGAGGCCAUGCCUAGCGAUCCCCGCCAGUGAAAAGCUCGAAACUGAGGUUGCUACCAUGUCACUUAUUCGGGAAAAGACCACGAUUCCCAUUCCCAAGCUUGUUGCCUACUCAUUAACCGAGACCUGUGACCCUCUUUCAACCUACAUCAUCAUGGAGUAUGUCGCAGGGGGGACCAUUACUACAAAACAUCUAGAAGAUGCAACGGACACACAGCGGGAUAACUUGUACAAGUCUCUAGCCGAUAUUCACAUACAGCUUAGACAACUCGAGUUCCCCGCCAUCGGAAGACUCACCAGGAAUGCAGACGGUGCAGUGGAAGUCCGCCCGGGUGCCUUGACCAUGGACGUGAAUGGUCUUCAAGUCGAAGGGCUGGAUCCUUUUGCCACGCAAGCAUCCUUUUAUCCCAAGAAUGGCUUACCAGCUUCAGCAAAUGACUACAUUGCCAUGAGGCUGCAGAUGAGCUGGAACGCCUUCUUAAAGAGCAGAAACAACAUUGAACAAGGCAUGGCCGAAAGCAUUCUGUAUCAUCUACACCUCUUCUUUCAACAUGUCGAGAGGUGGAAAGAUCCAGCACUAGACCAGGGGCCAUUUGUCUUGGUUCAUGGGGACAUGCAACCGCAAAAUCUCAUAGUCAACGAGCAUUUGGAAAUCAUAAGCGUCAUCGACUGGGAAUGGAGUCGCGUAGUCCCCCUGCAGUUCUUUACGCCUCCUUUAUGGCUGACUCGUCGAACCACCGUUACCAUGGCCGCGCCAGCCUCAUAUAGACUGUAUUUGAAGACAGCGCUCGCACAGUUCCUUGCCAUUGUAAGGACGCAGGAAAUGAGUUCCCGUGGCGAAGACCGAUUGUUUACCGAAUGGACCGCAAGCAAGGAAGAUGGUGGGUUCCUUAUGGCGAACGCCUUGGAGAAUUGGACAGAUAUUGACUGGUUCGCCUACCUACAUCUGAGUCAGGGGGAUGACGAGAAGUUGGCAAAAGAGGUCCCGGAUUUUAUAAAGGCUGACCCGAUCCGUGGCCUUAUUGUUCGGAUGAAAGAGGAUGAUGCUGUAUCCUACGAUGCGGAGAUGCAGGCACUUGAAGAGAGAAAAAAGGCGCAUAUACCCAGCAGAGGCUAUGCGGGUCUAUCCCAGCUGGCUGGCUGGCUGACCCCAAAGCACAAGGAGAUGCAAACGGCACAGGUGUCAGUUGUUGCAGGAGCAAGUCUCCUUAUAUUGGGAUGGUUUCUAAUAGGGAAAAGGACGCAAACUAUGACUAUCCCCAACCUUGCAGAAGCUCUAUUUGCUGCUGCAACUCGUCUUGCCUCCUAG